GUUUGCCGCUCAAAGCUUCAUUUGGGCACCUGAAAAACACAUUUAUCGCCGCCAAAGUGAAAAGUAACACAAAAUCCGCAAAUUGUGAAAAACUUUCGAUGAGACACGCAUCAAAAUGGGCAGCAUAGAGUUGGAUAAGAGCGUCUUUUAUCGCCGGAUAAAGCAACUUUACAGCGCCUGGAAAGAUGGCAAAAGUAUCAAACACGAUGAUUCUUUGUCCAAAGUCGAUUGUAUCGUGACAACCGUUGGCAACGACGAAGACAUGAUUUAUUCGAAAAGUACCGCUUUGCAAACUUGGCUUUUCGGCUACGAGCUCACCGACACAAUCAGCAUAUUUGCCGAAAAUUGCAUCGUUUUCCUCGCGAGCAAGAAAAAAAUUGAAUUUUUGAAGCCAGUUGAGGGGGCAAGCAAGGAAGAAGGCAUUCCGGAGAUUAAAUUGCUCGUGCGCCAAAAAGACGACAAAGACAAGGCGAACUUUGAAAAGCUCAUUGAAGCGAUCAAAGGUUCCAAAAGUGGCAAAACUAUCGGAAUUUUCGCCAAAGAUAGUUUUUCCAACGAUUUCUGCGACUUGUGGAAGAAAGCGUUGAAGGAAGCCAAUUUCGAAUCGGUCGAUGUUUCAGCUCCCUUGGCUUUCGUGAUGGCUUCGAAGGACGACGCCGAGGUUUUGACCGUGAAAAAAGCCUGUUUAGCUACUGUCGAUGUCUUUACGAAAUAUUUGAAGGACACAAUUAUGGAAAUUAUCGAUGCCGACAAGAAAGUGAAGCACUCAAAGUUGGCGGAAGGCGUCGAAGCGGCACUCACGGACAAAAAAUACGUCAGUGGCGUCGAUACGAGUCAAUUGGACAUGUGCUAUCCGGCAAUUAUCCAGUCCGGCGGCAAUUACAGCUUGAAAUUCAACGCAUCGAGCGACAAAAAUGUCCUGCACUUCGGUUCGAUCGUUUGUUCCUUGGGCGCGCGUUACAAAUCGUAUUGCUCGAAUAUCGUGCGAACCCUUUUGGUCAAUCCGUCGGAAACGAUCCAAAAUUACUACAAUUUCCUGUUGAACAUGGAAGAGGAUAUCAUCAAAAAUUUGGUGCCGGGCAAGAAAUUAUCCGACAUUUACGAAGCUGCUUACAAAUUUGCACAAAAGGAACAACCGAAGCUCAUUGAUAAACUUACGAAGACCUACGGCUUUGGCAUGGGCAUCGAAUUUCGCGAAAAUUCGCUCGUAAUUGGCCCCAAAUGCAGUGCGAUCGUGCAAAAAGGCAUGAUUUUCAACGUCAACGUGGGAAUUUCUGGCAUCGAAAAUAAGGAAGCGAGCGACAAGGAAGGCAAAACGUACGCUUUGUUCAUUGGCGACACGGUUCUCGUGAAUGACGAGUCGCCGGCGAGCGUUUUGACCAAUUCGAAGAAGAAAAUUAAGAAUAUUGGGAUUUUCUUGAAGGAAGAUGAGGAAGAGGAAGAAGAUCAGAAUGAUAAGGCGAAAACGGAGGAAAUUAUUGGAAGAGGACGUCGGAAUGCAGUGUUGGACUCGAAAUUACGUUCGGAACAUAGUUCGGAGGAGAAACGGAAGCAACAUCAAAAGGAGCUGGCGCAACGUUUGAAUGACGAAGCGAAGGAACGUCUUGCCAAACAGAGUAACAAUAAGGAGUCGGAGAAGGUUCGCAAGUCUACUGUUUCUUAUAAAGGUAUUAAUCAAAUGCCCCGCGAAGACGAAGUAAAAGAGCUCAAGCUGUACGUCGACCGCAAAUACGAGACAAUCAUCAUGCCAAUUUACGGCUUACCAGUACCAUUCCACAUCAGCACCAUCAAAAACAUCUCGCAAAGUGUCGAAGGCGACUACACUUACCUCCGUAUUAACUUUUAUCAUCCGGGCGCCACCAUGGGACGCAACGAAGCUGGCAUGUACAACAACCCGGAUGCCACUUUCCUCAAAGAAGUCACGUAUCGCAGCACGAAUACCAAGGAACCGGGCGAAUUAUCAGCUCCGUCAUCCAAUCUUAAUACGGCUUUCCGCUUGAUCAAAGAGGUUCAAAAGCGUUUCAAGACCCGCGAAGCCGAAGAACGUGAAAAAGAGGACUUGGUGAAGCAAGAUACGCUCGUUUUGUCACAAAAUAAGGGCAAUCCCAAACUCAAAGAUCUUUACAUUCGUCCCAAUAUCGUGCAAAAACGCAUGACGGGCUCCUUGGAAGCGCAUACAAACGGUUUUCGGUACACCUCGGUGCGCGGCGAUAAAGUCGACAUUUUGUACAACAACAUCCGGAGUGCGUUCUUCCAACCGUGCGACGGCGAAAUGAUCAUUUUGCUCCAUUUCCACUUGAAACACGCCAUUAUGUUUGGCAAAAAGAAGCACAUUGACGUGCAAUUCUACACGGAAGUCGGCGAAAUCACGACAGAUCUCGGAAAACAUCAACACAUGCACGAUCGAGACGAUUUGGCAGCGGAGCAAAGUGAACGCGAACUCCGUCAUCGCCUGAAAACGGCUUUCAAGAGUUUCUGCGAAAAGGUCGAAGGCAUGACGAAGCAACUGCUCGAGUUCGAUACGCCCUUCAGAGAUUUGGGAUUCCCGGGAGCGCCCUUCCGCAGCACCGUUUUGCUCCAACCGACUUCAGGAAGUUUGGUUUGUUUGACAGAAUGGCCGCCAUUCGUCGUCAUGCUCGAAGACAUCGAGUUGGUGCACUUUGAACGUGUCCAAUUCCAUCUGAAGAACUUUGACAUGAUUUUUGUCUUUAAGGAUUACAGCAAGAAGGUGGCGGCAGUGAAUGCGAUCCCGAUGAAUAUGUUGGAUCACGUGAAGGAAUGGCUGAACUCGUGCGAUAUUCGGUAUGCCGAAGGUAUUCAGUCCUUGAAUUGGGCGAAAAUUAUGAAGACUAUCACCGAUGAUCCCGAAGGAUUCUUUGAGCAAGGUGGUUGGUCCUUCUUGGAUCCCGAAUCUGAUGCCGAAAACGGAGCUGCCGAUGAUAGUGAAGAUGAAGAGGACGACGCGUACGAGCCCACAGAUGCCGAAACCGACGUCACGGAAGACUCAGACGAGGAAUAUUCCGACGCCUCCGAGAGCGACGAAGAAGACGAGUCCGACGAACUCGGUUCCGACGAGGAAUCCGGCAAAGAUUGGUCCGACUUGGAACGCGAGGCAGCCGAGGAAGAUCGCGAACGUGAACGAAAUGUCGAUAUUAGUUCGAGCAAGUCGCAUCGCAACGACAAACAUCGUCACGAUAAGCAUAGCAGCAGUUCGAGCAAGCACCGUUCAAGCAGCUCGCACAAACAUUCGUCGUCGUCGAACCACCAUUCGAGCAGCAGCAGCAGCAAGAAGCGCCCGCGCGAGGAAAGCUCGUCACAUCACCACCACAAAAGCAAGAAAUCCAAGAAAUAAGAAAUUCACGAGAAAAAUUCAGAGUAAAAGUUGACGUUUUUUUGUUUUGUUUCGUAUUCAAUGUAAGGCAGAAAUUAAUUAAAAAUUAAAAGUUAUUGUCAACAU